GUGUUCCCCUGUUUGUAAUUGGCACACGUGUCACGGCUCAUCCUGCUAGCGAGCGGUAGGAGUGGCAACGACUCACCUUUGUCGAAUUCACACAUUGCGGUCUUCUUCGGCGAAGUGGCUCCUAGCCGUUCCACGUGCUGAACAAAUAAACGGAAAAGAGCCGCGCACGUUUUCCUCUGCCGGCCUCAAUUUCAGUGCGCGGCACAGGAGAGCGAUUCUGUUCUGCCUGUGCUGCUGCCGCGGCUCUCGCGCUCUUCUGCUGGAAGUUUUUUGCUCUUCGUCGAGGGUAGAAGAGAGUUAAAAGAGUUCAAGAGGUAAGAGGUCAGUGAUGGCGGCGUCCACGUGUUUGGGCAUGUUAGCAGCGGCGAGUACGUGCGGCGCUGUUGCGCAUUUGCCCGCCUCUUCUUCCGCCCCCGCCUCGUCGUCAGAUAGAGACUGCGCAGCAUCUCCGUCGUCGUCGAGGAGUUGUUUGUUGACGUCAUCGUUUCAUGGUCACGCUCGGUUGGGAUCCCAGCUUGGCACGUCAGGCCGAUUGGUAGAUAACCGUUUCCUAUCGUCGACUUCAUCAUGGCGGCGACGAGAGGGGAAGACCGGGGUCGCGGUAGCGAUGGCGCCGCCACCGGCGGCGAAAAAAGGCGGGAAGGCAAAGAAAGUUGUGGGGCUCGUGAAACUUGCUCUGGAGGCUGGAAAGGCAACACCUGCGCCCCCUGUGGGCCCUGCAUUGGGUGCCAAGGGUGUGAACAUUAUGAAUUUCUGCAAAGAGUAUAAUGCACAGACUGCGGACAAGCCCGGAUUCAUCAUCCCUGUCGAAAUUACAGUGUAUGAUGUAGCUGCUCUGCCAUGGUAUAUCAUGUUCCUUUUGAUUUACCAGAAGCGGAACCUGAGUGUCGAAAAGGGAUCUAAUCAACCUAACAAGGACAAGGUGGGUAAGGUGACAUCAGCACAAAUCCUCGAAAUCGCAAAGGAGAAGCUGCCAGACUUGAACUGUACAAGUCUUGAUUCGGCACAGAGGAUCAUCCGGGGAACUGCACGCAACAUGGGCAUUGAUGUUCUGGAAGCCGUGUGAAAAGGGGUGUGGGGACCACCUAACUUCAGCCACCGCUACCCUUCACGACCGCCCUAGUUACUUGGGGGAGGCCUCCCCUUUUCCGGUUGAUCUGUUGGUUUGAUGAUCCGACGAGCACAGGUUUGCAGGGGCUGGCUCGAUGUUUUUGCGUGUGGUAGUGGAACCCCCCGGUUGAACAGUACCGUGGAGAGCAUGAUUGUGGAAACAAAAGUGUUGAUGACAACAGUUGAAGUUGUCACACAGUGAAGAUAUAGUACACCCCAUCCGGUCCGUCCUUUUGCCCUAUUGCGACGUUUGGUCCCGUUGUACACACACACACACAGGGAGCAUGUUCCACUCAACUUGAACGGAUGCAUUGAACGGCUGGAUCUCAAAUCUACCCAUGUAUUGAAUGGCUGGAUUUCGCCUUCAGUCACAUCACUUGUGGCUUGUUGGAAGCUCAGUCAUGCAUCAGAUCAGGCGGUGACUGGCUCGAAUCUGAGGUCCAUCUUCGCUGGAUUGAGUUUCGCCAUGCGCAGGAUGAAAGCGUGAGUCGGGAGAAGUCCGGAAAGCCAGCUGCAGUGCAGCAGGUGGCUGACGUCAUAGAUUUUUUUUUGAUGCUCGGUUAUCUCCUCCCUCUUCCGGGAAGAAUGCCGAAGGAGAGACGCCUUCAAAAGCCAUUUCUACUUUCGACUCUUGAUGACAUGUAUCAUUUCCUUUCCGGUUUUCUUUUGCGGUGAGAAGUUUUUGUGGCUUCUGUGUUGUGGCAUUGAUGCAUUUGUCACUCUUGCUUCUUCGUUUUGUGAAUUGGUUAUUUAUUCGAAGUUAUUUCCUCCUGUUAUCUGUCGUAUUUAUUUUUCCUUUUGCUUCUUUUGGAUUCGUUUGUCUUCUCUAUACACGAUCUCCACCAUUAUAAAAAUUGCUAAUGUAAGAAAAACUCAAAUCCGUGCCGUUUGCAAUCCGUCGUACGAGACACAAGUCCUGUAUCAUUGCACGAAAGUAAGAAAUUUUGGAUGCGGGAUGUCAGCGUCCUACCAGGCGAGUGGCCGAACGGCCCGGAUCGUCACGGGAUCUUAGAAUCCUAGGGUUGUGCUUCUAUCCGAGCCGUCGUCAGCCAGGUCCUAUCAAGCAAACAGCCCUGAUGGUCUUGCGAUCUUGAAAAGCGAAGAUUGUGCGCCGAUCGGGGCUAUUUGUUGGAUCCCAACUAGCUUACAGUUGUUUGUCGGGCCCCCUACCACCAAGCCGAUGAUGCUUUAGCUGGUCUUUUCGGAUGAUCAGCCACACUGGGACUGAGACACGGCCCAGACUCCUACGGCAGGCAGCAGUGGGGAAUCUUGGACAAUGGGCUGAGUAAAGGUCUGAAUGGCAC